UCCUCAAUAUCGCCAUUGUAAACAUGGCGCUGUCGUCGGUGGGGAAGUGCUUCGCGUCCUUCGGACUUUUUGGUAGAACAUUGACGCUACCAGAGUUUAAAGCAGCUUGCUGCUAUCACAAAAAGGUGGUGGACCAUUAUGAGAACCCAAGAAAUGUUGGUUCCUUGGAUAAAAACUCCAAGAAUGUGGGCACUGGUUUAGUGGGGGCACCUGCCUGUGGUGAUGUUAUGAAAUUGCAGAUCGAGGUCGACGAGAAUGGAAAGAUAGUGGAUGCCAGAUUCAAAACUUUUGGUUGUGGAUCAGCCAUUGCCUCGAGUUCCCUGGCAACAGAAUGGGUCAAAGGCAAAUCGAUUGAUGAAGCCCUGAAAAUCAAGAACACUGAGAUUGCUAAAGAAUUGUGUCUUCCUCCGGUCAAGCUUCACUGCUCUAUGCUUGCAGAGGACGCCAUCAAGGCUGCGCUGGCUGACUACAGGCUGAAGCAAAAGGACGAGGAGGAAGUGGUGGAGGCUAGAAAUUAGUCGCAGUAGAUGUGUCUCUAUUGCAGACAAAAGCCAUGACAUCCUUUCACGUAAUUGCGCACAGAAUGUGUUGUGUGUAGCCCAAACCAAAUAUAUCCCUACAAUAGCGUCAUCCUCCUCUACCGAGUAUGUAGAUAAUCUGCUGGGUUGAUGGUUUGAUAUGAAGUGAUGUUUGCAUUGCUAGAGUGCAGUAAGGCAAGGUUAAGCAUUCAUUUUAGAGUGCUUUGUGAAAGGGUGGUGGGUUUGUUUUUCAGUGUCUUUCUGAAUCACGCACAUAUGAGCUUUCUGGGGAAAAAAGUUCUAAGCUAAAAUGAGACUUUCAGUGGGUUUUCACCUGAAACUGAGAACCCAAUUGAGUUGUCAUUUAGUACAGGCCUUGACUUGCCCAGAAAAGCAGUCCACUAACUACAGGUGAUCUUUGAAUGCAAUUUCUUUGGUAAUUCUGACCUUUUUGGAUUUAUAUAAUGAUUAGUACAGUGCAAGUCAGCUUAUUUUUAACACAAUAAAUAAUUAAUAAAUAGAAUAUUUGUGUAGAUUUCUGUAGCAUCUUUCAUUUCACUUGUUGCUCAGAUUUGUCCGCUGAUAUUAACUGUUCUUCGAAGACAGCAGUUUUUGAUAUGCAGUCGUACACGCACAAUGAAACUGUAUAUAUAACAUCAGUUAUGGGAAGUGAAUUGCUAAUGCUGUAUUCUCCGUUGGAUAAGCCUAAUAAAAUUCUAAAGUAACCAUCUA